AUGUUGGAUGAUGUGAUUGGAUUAGAUUCAUUGAAAGUUCCCUUAUAUGGUGUUUUGGCUUUUGUUGGUUUAUAUUUUACAAGGAGAUAUUUUAAAGGUGCUCAGUUUCGCGAAAUUGUCUCUGUCGAAGGGAAAGUUGCGCUUAUUACCGGUUCCAAUAGUGGAAUAGGUAAGCAAAUUGCAAGGGAACUUAAUAUACGUGGCGCUGAACUUGGUUGUAAUCCUACACGAUUGAUUAUCAAGAGUAUCGAUCUAGCAAAUUUCCAGUCAAUACGCAGUUUCAUCAAGGAUUUUUCUAGCGAAGUAGAAAGAGUGGAUAUUCUUAUCAAUAAUGCUGGAAUAAUGUUUUAUCCUCGCUUCGAGUUAACAGUUGAUGGAAAUGAAUUAACAUGGCAGACAAAUUAUUUAGGGCACUUCCUUUUAACUGAGUUAUUACGACCACUUUUGGAAAAAUCGAACGAAGGUCGCAUCAUAAAUGUGUCAAGUGCCUUACAUAAACGAGCAGAUAGUGUUGACGAAUCAGUUGUUUAUAAUCCAGAAAAAUUCAAUCGAUAUCAACCGUACUGUCGUUCGAAGUUGGCACUCGUACGUUCUGCCAGCAAUGAAUUGCAGAUCAUGCAUGCUGUUGAAUUAACUCGAGUGAUCCGAUUAGCCAAUCCUUCAAGUAGAGUGACCAUCAAUGCACUUCAUCCUGGUGAUGGCGCACAAACUCCUUUGUAUUUGGCGCUAAGCAAAGAUGUUGAAGGUGUUUCGGGAAAGUAUUUCGGGGAAUGUAAGGAGCAUAAGCCAUCGCAAAAAGCGCUGAAUCCAGAAACUUGCAGCCUACUUUACAACUACAGUAUUGAAGCAGUUGGUCUAGGAACUCCUUCGCCUUAG